AUUUCAGUAUCAUUGACACUGUUUCACAGAAGCUUUAACCAUUCUACGGGCGCAGCCUUAUCCUCUAAUUUCUUAUCCAGAUUCGCAGAUAUCGCCACCUCCUUCAAGUUGAACUGGGAGUGCACGUUUGAAAAGUUUGCAGGCGCUUCCCUUUCCUUGCGCUUUCUCCUCUGCCAACAGAGCUUUGGUAGGGUCCACAGUAGAGGAAGGGGAAAGCAAUGGCUUCUGCAACCAUGGCUGCUUCCUCAUCUGCCGCUGUCGUGCCAAGGACAGCAUUCACUCCCUCUGCCAGCAAGCUUGGCUCCUCUUCCAAUGGCCUCGCUACGAGCGUAAAGCCCUUUGUGGCUCAGGGGAGCGUUGUGAGGCAGGGCAAGAGGGCUGCCAAGGUUGUCAGCAUGGCCGCGGUCGCUAGCGACAAGGUUCCUGACAUGAACAAGAGGGUCACAAUGAACCUCCUCCUUGUCGGAGCCCUCUCCCUUCCUGCGGCUGGCCUCCUCGGACCCUAUGCCUACUUCUUCGUGCCCCCUUCAUCCGGCUCGGCUGGCGGUGGUGUUGUUGCCAAGGACGCCUUGGGCAAUGACGUUGCGGUCAGCAAGUGGACAAAGACGCAUCUUGCCAAUGACAAGUCCCUUGUGCAGGGCCUGAAGGGUGACCCGACAUACCUGACCGUCAAGGAGGACCUUUCCAUCACGACGUUCGGGAUCAACGCCGUGUGCACUCACUUGGGUUGCGUUGUGCCGUGGAACCAAGCGGAGAACAAGUUCAUGUGCCCCUGCCACGGGUCUCAGUACAACUCCGAGGGCAAGGUCGUCCGCGGGCCCGCUCCUCUCUCAUUGGCCCUAGCUCACGCUGACACUGUUGACGACAAGGUCGUGUUGUCCCCCUGGACCGAGACGGACUUCAGAACUGGCGAGAAGCCCUGGUGGUCUUAGAGCUUGUGCUGCGGACCACAUUUUCCGUUGGUUGCAUAGAAAGGUCGAAGAGGAUCCAACGAUGGGGGGAUAUGGUCGUAUCGCUCAGUUGAUGCAUCCUAAUUUCGAUUUGUGUAAAAUUCAUCUGUUGACUCAAGGCUAGGCCAGUUGAGCAUUGGACUGCUUCCAUUGUACAACCCUUUAGCAGAGUCGCGCAGAGGAUGACAACAGUGUCAUCCCCAAGUUCUCAAUUCACCACUCCGAGUUUUUCAAUACUUGGCACGCACCGUGGGUCGGUUGUGCCUUGGGAUUGGUUAUGGAAUUGCUGUGCUUCCGCUCACACAGGUUUGAAACUGCGUCCGUUC